GUCUCGGCUUAGAUCUUUCGUUCUUCACAUGACCCUUCUCUGUGGCUCUUCCUAUAUUCCUUUCGGGUGAAAGAAGAUCAAGAAAAGAGAACCAUGGUGUCUCAGACGGUUGAUCUGCUCAAGAGCGAGCUCCCGCUUGAGCAAACAAGCGUGGUCUUGGGUGAAGAUGGAGCGACGGGGCUCGUUCUUGUGGACAUCAUCAAUGGCUUUUGCACUGUUGGCGCCGGGAGUCUUGCCCCCAGAGAGCCCGACGAGCAGAUCUCGAGCAUGGUAGAAGAGUCUUCGAGGCUGGCCAGGUCGUUCUGCGACAAGAAAUGGCCUGUUCUCGCGUUUCUUGAUUCUCACCAACCCGACAAGCCUGAGGACCCUUAUCCUCCUCACUGUAUCACUGGCACUGAUGAAUCGAAUCUGGUCCCCGCUCUGAGAUGGAUAGAGAAAGAACCAAACGUGACGAUUAGGCGCAAAGAUUGCUAUGAUGGGUACUUAGGCUCAUUUGAGAGCGAUGGCUCCAACGUGUUUGUGGACUGGGUAAAGAAGAAUCAGAUCAAAACCAUACUGGUGGUUGGGACAUGCACGGACAUAUGUGUGCUGGACUUUGUUUGCUCGACCUUAUCAGCUAGAAACCUCGGCUUCCUCAAACCGCUGAAGGACGUAAUCGUGUAUUCGCGGGGUUGUGCCACCUUCAACGUUCCUCUCCAUGUUGCCCGAAACACCAAAGGAGCCAUGGCUCAUCCGCAGGAAUUUAUGCAUCAUGUUGGCCUGUACAUGGCUAAGGAAAGGGGAGCCAAGAUAGUUGAUCAAGUGUCGCUGGGUGGAAAGGAGGAGCUAUAAGCCUAUCACAGCUUUGAAGAAAUAAGAACAUAUUAAUCCCAUGUCCGAUCGAGUUUCUCAGAGACAUCCAAUAAAAUAGGAAUGGCGGAGUAAUUUAGUACAAACUCCACACAUUUCAUGUCCGAUAGAAGAAUGGAGGAAUAAGUGGACACCUCAGUAAAACAUGAUGGAAGAACAUGUCGUGCUUAUGUUUUUAGUCUUGAUAACAUGCCAUACUUAGUUCUUAUCUAAGCGCUUUUGGCUCCCGUAUGGAAAUUAUGGCACCCCCAUCUUGUAUUCAGCAGUAACUGGCUAUAGCUAGCCAUUUAUAAACCAGCCAUUUAUAGUUUAUGUUGUUUGUAGGCAAUAUAUCAAUAUAAAAAGGAAUGCAUGAGUCGCAAGGUAA